AUGUCUCUCCCUGACAGUGUUAUUAUCGACGACAGUGAUUCCAGCAUCUUAUACGAGGAAGGGAAAUGGAUAACAGACACUUCUUCCCUGAACUACACAGUCAGCGGCAGGCCGUUCAAUAACACAGCUCAUAUCACUUUCCAACAGGCGUCUUUUACCAUUAGAUUUCAAGGGACUGGGAUUGAGCUUUGGGGGCUUUCGUCCUCUUCAGGAGUAUGGAAUGGCACCACAAACGGACAUUUAAUUGAUUCGUUAUCUUCAUCGUUUGGAGGAAGUACUGCUCCUGGGGAACAGCCAAGCUUUCGCUUCUCUGCUGGGUAUGAUCCGACGGAGUGGCAGGAAGGUUCAAUAAACGCUCUCACAAUGACAGUGACUGGUACCAAAGACAACCCAGUUGCGUUUGACUUCGCCAGAUUCAUGCCGUCGGGGUUCUCAAAACCAGAAGAUAUAACAGUUGGGGUUAUGGAAUACACGGUUUCUGAUGAUUUCACAUAUGGGGCUGCACCACCGGGAUGGGAUAGCUCGGAUUUCUUAAGUACUACCACUCCCGAUGCUCCGUACACAUUUAGUUUCACUGGCACAUCAGUGGCUGGACUGGGUGGAAAUGGCGUAAACGACUCGCACAUUCAGGCCAUGGCAUCAUACUCAAUAGAUGGAGGCGACCCAGUAAAAUUUACUGUUAAUAAUCUAGCAACGUCGGUGCUGGAUACCAUAACGGAGCAAACAAUAUUUCAGACCAAUCAGGUAGCUCCUGGAAAUCACACCAUCCAGAUCGUCUAUCAUGGGAAUAGUACUACGACUCCUCUCACACUGAUGUCCCUCCUUGUAACCGGUACAAAGACAAUUCUUAGUGUGGAUCCCCCUCCACCAGCAAAGCCAUCAUCAUCUAGCCUUUCAAACCCGUCUUCGUCGAAUCCUUCCCCUGUACCAUCGAAUUCUAGCCACCCAAAGACGCACAGAGGAAUUAUUGCAGCUGCGGUAGCUGUCAGCGUCAUAUUGGUAGUACUUCUAUGUUUGAUCGGAUUCUUGCUUUACCGCAGAAGAAAACGUCGCCUUGAAUCAAAGCGAUUUUCUUCUUACAGUCUUGAUCCAGGUCCUGUUGCAAUGGCAAUUGUUCCAUUCUUCGAUUACUCUGCUCUCUCAAUACGUAACGGAGAUUCUGUAGGCGAAGCCUCCGAAAAGAACAGCUCGCAAACACAUGUUGGACAAGUGGAAACCCAGCAAAAUUCUUUACCAGCGUCAUCGGCACCCAUCCGAGUUGUUACCCGAGUACAUGAAGACAGUGGGGAAGUACCUAUCCAGCCGGUGGAGCAGAUAGUCGUGGUAGAUAUCCCCCCAUCGUACACAAGUUUAAAUGACCGAGCUCAGAGGGAGGAGGGGCCUAGGGAGGUAGAUCCAUUGCUAAAAGCGCGUUCAAGCUAUAAACCAUAG